GGGCAAACCAACAGAGGCUGCUGUCGUUGUGUUGCGCUGACAUUAGCUAGCAUGGCGAGGUUUUUAAGGCCUAACAUCCGCAGCUUGCUCAACGUACAGCUGAGAAUGUCAUCAGAUCAGCUGGGUGAGCUGGGCAAAGGUGCAGGAAAAGGCGGAGGAGCCGGCGGGUCCAUCCGUGAGGCAGGUGGAGCAAUGGGAAAGAAACAGGCUGCAGAGGAGGAAAUGUACUUCAAGCGUAAGGAGCAGGAGCAGCUGGCUGCACUCAAGCAACACCACCAGGAGGAAAUCGACCACCACAAAAAGGAGAUUGAACGCCUGCAGCGAGAGAUCGACCGCCAUAAGGGAAAGAUCAGGAAGCUGAAGCACGACGACUGAGAGAAACCUUCAGAGUACUUGAAACAAGCUUCCGCCAGGCAUCUUUAAUCACUGCUGUAUUAUUGCAUCUAAAGAAAUGCACUGCUCCUUUUUUUUUUUAAAAUAAUUUUCUUCUGCAGUAAGAUUGCAUAACUGGCCAGGCAUGAUUGUGUGGUGGAUUGUUGCUUAAACGCUAAAAAGCAAUUAAAAAUGUUCACAAAAAUAUUGUUGUUUCCAUGGAACAGUGUGACAUGAUUUGUAUGAACUGUUGUAUGUUUAUACAGCAAAUAAACACUUUGUGUGAUAAAUAAAGGAACUGAUAAUGCAAA